AUGGCUUCCAGGAACUCACUCUUCCCAUUCCUCUGUACAAUCUCUACUAUCUUCCUCCUGCCAACUCCAACCAACUCAGAUUCACCUCCUCAAGCUCCACUCUACAACACGGGCAUCAAAGCAGGCUACUGGCAAUCAUCCAUGGCCGAAUCUUUCCCUCCAUCGUCAAUCCAAACCUCCCUCUUCACCCACAUCCUCUACGCCUUCGUCGAAAUCGACCCACAAUCCUACGAGCUUGCCAUCUCCCAAUCCGACCAAAACCUUAUGACCAACUUCACCUCCACCCUCCACUCCAAAACCCCACCACCGCCGAAGCUCUUCCUCUCCAUCGGCGGCGGAGGCUCGAACGCAUCGGCGUUCGCCAACAUGUCCAGCAACCCGACCACCAGGACAAAAUUCAUCGCCUCCACGAUCAAAUCCGCCAGGGGCCACAACUUCGACGGCCUCGAUCUCGACUGGGAAUUUCCUCAAACACCUGGCGACAUGUCCAAUUUGGGGGUCCUCCUCCAAGAAUGGCGAGCGAGCCUCCUUACAGAAUCCAUCGCGACCAACCGGACAAUGCUCCAGCUCUCCGCCGCCGUCUACUUCGCCUCCAGCUUCUUCCUCUCGCCGGCGGGUCCUUCCUACCCGGCCGACGCUAUCAACCAGUGCCUCGACUUCGUCGGCGCGAUGUGCUUCGACUACCGCGGCAGCUGGGACACGUCGGCGACGGGGGAGCCAGCGGUGCUGUUCGAUAAAGAGAGUAAUAUCAGUACCGGGUACGGGAUCGGGUCGUGGAUCGGGUCCGGGGUUGCCCGGGCGAAGAUUGUGAUGGGGAUGCCGAUGUACGGCCGGACGUGGCGGCUGAAGGAUCCGAAGGUGAACGGGGUCGGGGCUCCGGCUGUGGGAGUCGGGCCGGGUUCUGAGGGGACGAUGAGUUAUGUGGAUGUGUUGGGAUUUAAUUCGCGGGAAGGAGCGACGGUGGUGUUUGAUAAUAAAACGGUAUCGGAUUACUCGUUCGCCGGGCGUAGUUGGAUCGGGUACGACGGGGUGGAAACGGUGUCGGAGAAGGUUAGGUUUGCUAAGGAACAGAAGCUUGGUGGGUAUUUCUUUUGGGCUUUGGGCUAUGAUGAUGGUAAUUCGAGCCUCUCUAUCACAGCUUCAACAACAUGGGAUAGUUUUCAUGGCUGA